AUGCCAAGCUUUCUCAAGAAGACUCUCGAACUGGAAGCUGAGGUAGAUCUUGUUCAUCGGAGUCCUUUGCCUGCACAAUGUUCAGAUGAAGAAAUUCGACAUCUUUUGGACAGAAUCACAUCAAACACAACCGUUGACCCACUGGUACUUCAGGUCACCAAGAAGAAGGUAUUUUUUCGAAAACCUACGAACAAGAAACCGAUUGCUAUAUUGAACAGAAAGGAUUUACAUAAGUUUAAUCGAAUGUCUGAAUCAGAUUUUAUUAUUAUGACGCGAAAGCUGAAAGGAAGGAAGCAAGAACUUAUGUUAAUUCGCUUCAUCGAUUGUAAUGAGUUGGAAAGAUUCCGGAACCUUUUUAAUUGCCAUACGGUUAACCGGACACCACUGGAGUCUUCUCUACCGUCUCAACAAUCGGUAGGGACUGUUCCAACCAUCCAGUGUCAGACUGCAGACGAGCUGAAAGUGCAACCACAAGAGAUGCACCCAAGUCGACCGGCAAGUCCAGUCCGUGUGAAAAGACAGGCUACACACAGCAAGGUCGUGCGGAACGGGCUGCAAAAGCGUUCGCAGUCCGAGUGUCGUGCCUCCAAAAGCCAGUGGACACAGCGUUUUGAUACUCCAGAGUUGUACUUUGUGAAACGUGUUAAAUGUUCCAAAGACGGUGCGUGUAGAGAGGAUUAUAGUAAAGUAACCAUCUACGAUAUCACUUCAAGGGCAUCAAGUGAUAUUUCGGACUGCUCGUCCGUGUCUCUCACCUAUUCGCCACCGCUGUCUUCUGCGGUUUCAUAA